AUGUCUGGAUUCCCUUCGCUUAAGCCGGCCUUUACGGUCCUGGUCAAGAUCGCUCCUCCUAUGGCGGUUGGGAGCGCCUCGCGGUCCGCCAGCCUGCAGGUCGUGCCCAUGACUGGAGGCACCGUGAGGAGUGCCGAUGGCUUCUCCCCGGCCAUCGAUGCCGAAUUUGAAGGCGUCGGAAACGAUUAUAUCCACGCGGAUCCCGACGGCCAGCACCUGCGGCUGAAUGCGCAUGGUGUGCUGAAGACGGCGCGGUAUGUCAUCUCGUUCUCGAACCUGGGCUAUUCACUUAUUCAUAUUCCUGUCCAGCUUCUGUACAUGAACUACACCGGUGUUGUCACCCUUGGCGACGGCGAAAAGGCCGUCUUCUCUGGGACUGCUGGUGAGGGUUCGACAGCGUUUGGUAACUCCUUCACCCACUUCACCUUCGAGACUGGCGAUGAGCGCUACAAGGACCUCGAGAACCGGGUGUUUGCCGGCCAGGGACGCUUCAAUGUUGGCAGCGAUAAGUCGAUUGUGGUUGAGUACCGGGUGGGCCAGGUGGUUCACGGCUAA